GCUCCGCUCUCCGCAGCCGCCUGCUCCGGCUGGGCCAGAUCAGAGCCGAGCAUGGAGCCUGGGGAGCCCCGGGAGCCCCGCGAGCCCGCGACGGGGGCAGGGACCGCCGCGGCCCCGCGCUGGGAGGAAGCCAAGACUUUCCACGACAACCUCGCGCCCAAGAAGAAACCCAAAUCGCCCAAGCCUCAGAAUGCAGUCACCAUUGCUGUGUCUUCCCGAGCUCUGUUCCGCAUGGACGAGGAGCAACGGAUCUACACGGAGCAGGGUGUGGAGGAGUACGUGCGUUACCAGCUGGAACACGAGAACGAGCCCUUCAGCCCUGGGCCGGCCUUCCCCUUCGUGAAGGCUCUGGAGGCUGUGAACAGGCGGCUGCGGGAGCUGUACCCUGAGAGCGAGGACGUCUUCGACAUCGUCCUCGUGACCAACAACCACGCUCAAGUGGGCGUCCGUCUCAUCAACAGCAUCAACCACUAUGACCUGACCAUUGAGAGGUUCUGCAUGACAGGCGGGAACAGCCCCAUCUGCUACCUCAAGGCCUAUCACACCAAUCUCUAUUUGUCGGCUGAUGCAGAAAAAGUGCAGGAAGCCAUCGAUGAAGCAUCACCCAGCCUUCCGUUUCCAUGGGAACCCUCCUUACAGCCCAGAAAGCUACUCCCUUCCAAGAAUCUUCCAGGGAUCGCAGCCGCCACCAUCUUCAGCCCCAGCAGGGAUGUGGCUGUCUCCCAGAGUCAGCUGCGGGUGGCCUUCGAUGGGGAUGCUGUGCUCUUCUCAGAUGAGUCGGAACGCAUCGUGAAGGCCCACGGGCUGGACAGGUUCUUCGAGCAUGAGAAGGUCCACGAGAACAAACCUUUGGCCCAGGGCCCCUUAAAGGGUUUUCUGGAGGCUCUGGGUAGGCUGCAGAAGAAGUUCUACUCCAAGGGCCUGCGGCUGGAGUGUCCAAUCCGCACCUACUUGGUGACGGCACGCAGCGCAGCCAGUUCUGGAGCCCGGGCUCUCAAGACCCUGCGCAGCUGGGGCCUGGAGACAGAUGAGGCCCUGUUCCUUGCGGGAGCGCCCAAGGGCCCCCUCCUGGAGAAGAUCCGCCCACAUAUCUUCUUUGAUGACCAGAUGUUCCACGUGGCUGGGGCUCAGGAGAUGGGCACAGUGGCCGCUCACGUGCCUUACGGUGUGGCGCAGACACCCCGGCGGACCACACCCACGAAGCAAACCACAUCUGCACCGUAGCUGAACCACCAGCUUUGCUGACCCACGUUGCUCCAGGCAUGGCUCCAUGUCAUACACGUCGCCCAAUGGACACUUCUAGUUCCUCACCUCUCUGCCCUUCUGCAUGUCCGCCCUCAUCCCUGUGAGUGAGGUACUUGUAGGAAAUUAGGCAGACUGGUCCGGCAUUCUCACCAGCUCCCCUUUUGGGCAAACACUGUGCCAUGAUCCUGGCUCAGAAAGUAAGACUGUGCAGAAAAGCUGGGUUUCAGGGGGAAGUUGAUGGGACUAAGGGUGAGAGGGUCAGAGCAGCAGGAUGCCUCAAGAGGAGCUUAUAAAACUAGCUCAGUGUAGUACAAAGAACACUGCUUUGAGAGAGAUGGGAUCUGGCUUCUCAACUUUGUCCUGGCAUUGUGCACGACUUUAAGUUUGAG